AUGCGUUGCAACUCCUUUAUGGUGGCAGCCUCGUUGGCUAGCCUCGUAACCGCCAACGCAUUUGCUCCUCCUGAGCCUACAGCGCCACCCACCGGCCCUCCAGUCAAAAGGCAGGAAUCCGAAGUUACGGCCAUUACCGGCUGCCAUAUGCACGGCUCUGAUCUCUACUGUAUCGCUGGAGACGACGAGUACCAUGUCCAGACCACUCCGACGCAGACCACCUCGUACCCAGCUCAGUUCACCGACUGCCAUUCACAUGGAAGCGACAUGUACUGCGUUGGCCCUGACGGCGAAGAGCUCGAGGUUGUCAACGAGGCUGAUGCCACCAACAGCGAAACCACAGGCACCAGCGAAACCACAAGUACUAGCGAAGCCACAAGCACCAGCGAAGCUACAAGCACCAGCGAAGAGCAGGAGGAGUCAUCGAGUAGCAGUAACCAGCACUGCCAUUUCCAUGCCGGAGUCGAACAUUGCGUUGGAGGAGAUGAAGAUGAGAGUGACAGCAGCAACUCCUGCAGCACGACCAAGAGGGACUACGAUGUCCCCCUUCGCGUCGGCCUUCUGUUUGCCAUCCUCGCCACGAGCGCCCUUGGCGUCUUCGGACCCAUUCUGCUCCAGCGCUGGAUGCCGUCCAAGCUAAACGUUGUGUUUGUGGUCCUCAAGCAGUUUGGUACCGGAAUCAUCCUCUCCACUGCCUUUGUCCACCUCUACACCCACGCUACCCUCAUGUUUGCCAACGAGUGCAUCGGCGAGCUCGAAUACGAGGGAACCGCAUCCGCCAUAGUUCUUGCGGGUCUCUUCCUGUCCUUUGUCGUCGAGUACAUUGGUCACCGCGUUGUCAGCAACAAGAUCAGGUCUGAGGCGUCCCUGACUCCACAGGGACGCGCCGAGUCUGCCCUGUCGAGUGAGGUUGUCGCCAUUCUCGUCAUGGAGAUUGGUAUCCUCUUUCACUCUCUGCUCAUUGGAUUGACCCUCGUUGUCGCGGGCGAUAGCUUCUUCAUCACCCUCUUCAUCGUGAUCCUCUUCCACCAAAUGUUCGAAGGUAUCGCACUGGGCAGCCGUAUCGCCACGAUUGGCGAGUCGAGCAACACCCUCGGCCACCUCGGCAACCACAGCCACCACGGCCCUGCCACCGGCACCAACGACGAGAGUUCGGAGUCCCCCGCUGUCAAGGCCCCCCAGACGACUGGCGAGACAUCUUCCACCUCCUCCAACGGCAUCGCCCCUGUUGGUUUUGGCAUGAGACGCAAACUCACCCUCGCCUCAAUGUUCGCAUUCAUCACUCCUAUCGGCAUGGGCAUCGGCAUCGGUGUCUUGGACCAGUUCAACGGCAACGACAAGUCUACCCUCAUUGCCAUCGGUACCCUAGACGCAUUCUCAGCCGGUAUCCUCGUAUGGGUCGGCCUCGUCGAGAUGUUGGCCGGCGACUGGAUGAUGGGCGCUCACGGACGCCCCGCGGAGCUGGCUGACGCGCCCCUGACGACUGUUCUUCUCGGUGGCUUCGGUCUCGUGUCCGGAUUGGUGGUCAUGAGUGUACUGGGCAAGUGGGCGUAA